AAACGUAAUCUGUGACCAAUGAUACACCGCCAAAUCGUGAUUCCAUUUAUUCACAUAAAUACGUUAUCUUGGAAUAAAUACAUUAUCGUAGCUGAUAUCCGUUUAAUAUUAAAUUACAUGUAAAGUUACGUCUAAAUAAUUUAAUCAAAUUAUUUAACGCGUACACACACACAAAACUUUAAGGAUCAAUAACGUUUGACGAUUUUAAUCUAAUUCUGAAUGAUUGAAAAAGAAUCUAGCCUCGGCAGCAUCGCUACUUAAUAAUAUUGUUUUCAUAUCUCGAAUUGUAAGCAGGUGACUUGUCAAAUAUUGAAAAUAAGGGAAUCUAACAUUGUAUGAUGAUGGAAAGUGAUACUGUGAAAUUAAUAAUAAAAGCACCGAAUCAACAAAUUAAAGAUCAACUUAUAAAAUGUGAUAUCGGGUGGAGCAUUGGUCGUUUAAAGGAAUAUCUUUCCGAAGUUUAUCCCAGUAAACCAGAAAGUUCAGAGCAGAAAUUAAUAUAUGCUGGUCAAUUAUUGAACGAUUCUUCUUGUUUAAAAGAUAUUUUAAGACAAUGUGACGGUUUGGAGGACCAAGCAUAUACUAUACAUUUAGUAUGUACUCCUCAAAAAAUGUGUGCCAAUAAAGUAUCUGAUCGAACACAAACUAGUGAAAGUGUAAACGUUGUUAAUUCAGCCAUAAGAAAUAAUGUUGACCAUAUUAGUCAAAGUCAAAAUCAAAGCACAAAUAACAUUAUAACUCAACCUCCACCAACACAAUUGUAUUCUAUGCAGCAAUAUUUUGAUCCUCGAAAUAGUCAACAAGUAGCUUGGAUGCAACAAGCUUACACGCACUAUUUCACACAGUACAUGCAAUUAAUGGCUGCGCAAGGAAUUCAAUUGCCAACUACAAUUCCUUAUGUUCAACAAAUGGAUAUCGAUCCAAAUGAAGUUACACAAAAUACAUAUACGAAUAACAAUAACAACAACAACAACAACAAUAAUAAUAAUAAUAAUAGUAAUAAUAAUAAUAAUAAUAAUAAUAAUAAUAAUAAUGUUGGAGAUGAACAACCUCAAGUGGCAGUGCAAGAUGCAGCUGAUGUUAAUGCAGGCAAUAAUGUAGCUGGCGAGGAUGGUGCAUUUAAUCCAGAUUGGCUAGACUUUUUUUAUAUGCUAUCCAGAAUCAUUGUUCUCUUUAGUAUAGUGUAUUUUUAUUCCUCUCCGCUCAGAUUUCUUAUUGUUACAUUCUUGGGCUUUGUUAUAUAUCUGUACCAAAGUGGAUUUUUCAGAGUACAACCCAUUAUAUUGCCUGAAAAUAAUUUACGUCCAGACAAUAACAAUCAAGUAUUACAAAAUGAAGAAGCAGCUCCCCAAGUUGUUCCUGCCCAACAAAAUGGUCAAGUUCCAACGGUACAACCAGAAGCUAGAACAAAUGCCAAUGAAGAAAAUGAAGAAGAAAGACCUGGUGCCCUUGCUUUUACAUGGACAUUUUUUAGUUCAUUUUUUGCUUCCCUUAUUCCAGAUCAACCAAAUGUCAUUUAAUUUUCUGUUAUGUUGUUAUGCUUCAUCAUUUGUUCUACUUGUUGUUCCUUCAUUUUUAAAUUCUUCAAGUGUCAUUGCAAAACCUUAAGAGGUGGUCUCAUAAUCGGAUGAGCUUAACAAGUAUUUCAGUAUGAAUUGUUACUUAAAUUGUUAUUUUAUAUUAAAUUGUUAAUUUAAUUUAUUUGUCGUAUAAAAAUUAUCAAUCAAGCCCGCGAAUAUAAUGUGUACAUAAUUUUAUUUAAAUAUUUUAAUUAAAAUACUUCUGACAAAUAAAUCAUCCUACAAACAGGUUAUUCAUAGCAAUGGAUUUAAUAUGAAUAAUCUAAUGAGAUUGCCUCAAGGUUGCUACACAAAGUAAUAGUUAUAUUCAAGGAAUAUUCGACAAAAAUUGGUUAUAGUUGUCUUCUUUAAGAAAGUUGUAGGCUUAUCCCAAAGUUAUUAGGAAUUUAUUGUAAAAUACUUUUUUUUAUGUUUGUAGUAAUAUAAAUAUACAACGAGAUAAAAAUAUA